UGGAUUUACAGCUGUUUUCGCAGCUCUACAAUUAGCUCAAACUCAAAAUUGAAGCCAGUAUCGGCAGGCCCCGUGACCAGCAGCCAUCAUGUCGUCCGUUAAGGUGGCGGUCCGCGUGCGACCGUUCAACUCCCGGGAGAUCGGGCGGGAGUCGAAGUGUAUCAUCGAGAUGUCCGGCAACACCACCUGCAUCACAAACCCCAAAGUACCGCCCGGUACCUGUGACUCGGUCAAACGCUUCAACUACGACUACUCGUAUUGGUCGCACGAUCCCCGCGAUCUGGAAUUCUCCACACAGGCCAUGGUGUACUCGGACAUAGGCGAGGAGAUGCUGCAGCACUCGUUCGAUGGGUACAACGUGUGCAUCUUCGCGUACGGCCAAACCGGCGCUGGCAAGUCGUACACCAUGAUGGGCAAGCAGGAGGAUAGCCAGGAGGGCGUGAUACCGAUGAUCUGCAAGGACCUGUUCCGUCGGAUACAGGAAACGGAGAGUGACGACCUGAAGUACUCGGUCGAGGUGUCGUACAUGGAGAUCUACUGCGAGCGCGUCCGGGAUCUGCUGAACCCGAAGAACAAGGGCAAUCUGAAGGUGCGCGAACACCCGCUGCUCGGUCCGUACGUGGAGGAUCUGUCAAAGCUGGCGGUCACCUCCUAUCAGGACAUACACGACCUCAUCGACGAGGGCAACAAGGCGCGUACCGUGGCUGCGACCAACAUGAACGAAACGAGCUCUAGAUCGCACGCUGUGUUUACGAUUUUCUUCACCCAAAAGCGCCACGACCGUAUGACCAGCCUCGAGACGGAGAAGGUUUCCAAAAUCAGUCUGGUCGAUCUGGCCGGGUCCGAGCGGGCGGACUCGACCGGCGCCAAGGGAACGCGCCUGAAGGAGGGCGCCAACAUUAACAAGAGUCUCACCACUUUGGGCAAGGUCAUCUCGGCGUUGGCAGAAAUCGCCUCGAAGAACAAAAAGUCCAAAAAGGCCGACUUUAUACCGUACCGCGACUCGGUUUUAACAUGGCUGUUGAGAGAAAACCUUGGUGGAAACUCCAAAACUGCAAUGAUUGCCGCGAUAUCGCCGGCCGAUAUCAACUACGAUGAAACGCUCAGCACAUUACGAUAUGCCGAUCGCGCCAAGCAGAUCGUCUGCAAGGCUGUCGUCAACGAGGACGCCAACGCGAAGCUUAUCCGCGAGCUCAAAGAGGAAAUACAAAAACUGCGCGAACUCCUCAAAGCCGAAGGCAUCGAGGUCCAGGAAGGACCGGACGGUAAAGUGGUUUGUGAAAAGCGAGAUGCUAAUAAGGACGAGUGCGUCAUCAAGUCAGACAAAACCGAAUCCGGCGGUGUCGGUGUGGUCAUUACCGAGGAGGGUGAAGAUGGUGAAAAGAAGAUUCAUUCGCCGAACCGCAACCGCAAGCGCACCGGUUCCAGCACGGAAAUGGCGGUCGAUCAACUGCAGGCCAGCGAAAAGUUGAUCGCUGAGUUGAACGAAACCUGGGAGGAGAAGCUGAAGCGUACCGAGCAGAUUCGCGUACAGCGCGAAGCCGUCUUCGCCGAGAUGGGCGUGGCGGUGAAGGAGGACGGCAUAACGGUCGGUGUGUUCUCGCCCAAGAAAUCACCGCAUCUGGUGAAUCUGAAUGAGGAUCCGACCCUGUCGGAGUGUUUGCUGUAUUACAUCAAGGACGGACUCACUCGUCUCGGCACGUCGGAAGCAAAUGUGCCGCAAGACAUCCAACUGUCGGGUUCGCACAUCUUGAAGGAGCACUGCGUGUUCGAGAACAAGGACGGUGUGGUGACACUGGUGCCGCACAAGGAUGCGCUGGUUUACGUGAACGGGCGCAAGGUAAUCGACCCCGAGGUACUGCAGACCGGGUCGCGUGUAAUUUUGGGCCGCAAUCACGUGUUCCGGUUCACGCACCCGGAGCAGGCGCGCGAAAAGCGUGAGAAAAAUAAGGAGGUAGAUGUGUGUGAAACUUCGGCCGGCGGCGGCGAGAUUGCUGAUUGGAACUUUGCCCAGUGCGAGCUGCUCGAGAAACAAGGCAUUGACUUGAAGGUGGAAAUGGAGAAACGCUUGCUGGCACUGGAGGAACAGUACAAGCGCGAGAAGCGGGCCGCCGAUCAAGAGUUCGAAGAGCAGCGCAAGACCUACGAGGCACGAAUUGAUGCGCUGCAGAAACAGGUGGAAGAACAGUCGAUGACGAUGUCGAUGUACAGCAGCUAUAGCCCCGAGGACUUCCAUCAGGAGGAAGACAUCUUUGUAAAUCCGCUGUUUGAAUCCUGCUGGACGGCACGUGAAGCCGGGCUGGCUGCGUGGGCAUUCCGUAAGUGGCGUUACCAUCAGUUCACUUCCCUUCGCGAUGAUCUUUGGGGCAAUGCUAUCUUCCUGAAGGAGGCCAAUGCCAUUUCUGUGGAGCUGAAGAAGAAGGUUCAAUUCCAGUUCACUCUGCUCACCGAUACCCUCUACUCGCCGCUCCCACCGGAGUUGACACCAUCGCCGGUCGGAGCCAUUACUGGCGGCGGUCAGGAGGACGAUUUUGGUCAAACGCCAAUACCGCGAACGAUCGUCGCCGUAGAGGUUACCGACACUAAGAACGGGGCUACACACUACUGGAGUUUGGAGAAGCUACGGCAACGGUUGGAGUUGAUGCGCGAAAUGUACCACAACGAAGCAGAACUCAGUCCCACCUCGCCGGACUACAAUGUUGAGAGCUUGACCGGGGGUGACCCAUUCUACGAUCGUUUUCCGUGGUUCCGCAUGGUGGGAAGAUCGUUUGUGUACUUGAGCAACCUACUGUAUCCGGUUCCACUCGUGCACAAGGUGGCGAUUGUGAACGAGCGUGGCGAUGUUCGGGGUUACCUGCGCGUAGCGGUACAACCCGUGAUGGACGAAGAGAAUGCCGACUUCAGCAAUGGCGUCAAACAGUCCGCUCGUAUCCUGUUCGAUGAGGAGCAGAACGGUCAGCACAAAGUGCCCAAGAUUCGUACCAUCCCCGACAAGGACGAGAAGUACAUCGAGGGCGGCCACGAGAUGGGUACGAAGCUGGAGGAACUCGAGCAGGAAGACGCCGAUUCCGGGCGUGGCGAUUCGAGUGUUGCUUCGGAGCUCCACGAAUCCAACGAUCAGGAGCCGGGCGAGCAUCUGCAGCCGGGCAAGGAGUUUACGUUCCGCGUUACGGUGCUGCAGGCUACCGGAGUUGCUGCUGAGUAUGCCGACAUAUUCUGCCAAUUCAACUUUUUGCACCGCCACGAAGAGGCUUUCUCGACGGAACCGGUCAAGAAUUCUGGAUCGGGCGCUCCUCUUGGAUUUUAUCACGUACAGAACAUAACGGUGCCGGUUACCAAAUCGUUCAUCGAAUACCUGAAGACUCAGCCGAUUGUCUUCAAGGUGUUUGGUCACUACCAGCACCACCCGUUGCACAAGGACGCCAAGCAGGACUGCCAGAUCACGAGACCGCCUCCGCGGCGCAUGUUGCCACCCAGCAUUCCGAUCAGCCAGCCGGUGCGCAGUCCCAAGUUCGGACCCCUUCCGUGUCCGCCUUCGUCGACAGUGCUGGCCAAGCACGAUGUGCUGGUGUGGUUCGAGAUUUGUGAGCUAGCCCCGAACGGCGAGUACGUACCGUCGGUGGUGGACCACAGCGACGAUUUGCCGUGCCGUGGGCUGUUCCUGCUGCACCAGGGAAUCCAGCGUCGCAUUCGCAUCACGAUCGUACACGAGCCGACACCGGAGGUGAAGUGGAAGGAUAUCCGCGAGCUGGUUGUGGGCCGCAUACGCAACCAGCCGGAACCGGCCGACGACGAGGAUUCGGACUCGUGCGUACUGUCACUAGGACUGUUCCCGGGGGAGGUGCUCGAGGUACCGGGCGAUGAUCGAUCGUUCUUCCGCUUCGAAGCUGCCUGGGAUUCGAGUUUGCACAACUCGGCAUUGCUCAACCGCGUAACGCAGGCCGGCGAACAGAUUUACAUCACGCUGAGCGCAUACUUGGAGCUUGAGAACUGCGCCCGACCGGCCAUCAUCACCAAGGAUCUGAGCAUGAUCAUCUACGGGCGUGACGCACGUACCGGACCCCGCUCGUUGAAACAUCUGUUCUCCGGCCAGUACCGCAACCCGGAGGCGAACCGCCUGUCGGGAGUGUACGAGCUGUCCCUGAGAAGAGCUUCUGAAGCAGGUAGUCCAGGUGUCCAAAGACGCCAGCGCCGCGUGCUGGACACAAGUUCCACUUACGUUCGUGGCGAAGAAAACCUACACGGUUGGCGUCCGCGUGGCGACUCUCUCAUCUUCGAUCACCAGUGGGAGCUGGAGAAGCUUACGCGGCUGGAGGAAGUGGGACGCGUACGGCAUCUGUUGUUGCUGCGUGAACGCCUCGGAAUGGACACUACUCCGAACCCGACCACGAAAACCGAGAAGGAGGUGUGCAACCUGGCAGCCCGCGCGAGUGCUUCACCGGUGCACAUGGUAAUACCUCCAUCGCCACAGACCCCGGUGAAGGACCAGCAGGCCCCGGUCAUACCGGAGCGCGACCUAUUGCCCCGUGAAACCGAGCUCGUGUGGAAGUGCGUCAAGCUGAUCCAGGGCCGUAUCGGUAGCGGCAAGGAGUUGAGUGGCGAAUCAAACAGUGCCGCCUCGCAGGCGGCGGCCGAUGCUUCCCCCGGGGACGAGGGAUGUGCGGACAUGAAUGCGAGCUACAUCUCCAGCAACUCGAUUGAGCUGUGCUCUCCGGAACGCGUCGACGUACCAAAUGGGUGGGAGGCACCGGCACCGGCCCCACAGACGCAGGACCUAUCGUUGCGUCUGUACGUGCCGGAACUGGAAGAGAUUCGCGUGAGUCCGGUCGUGGCCCGGAAGGGCUACUUGAACGUGCUCGAGCACGGUGGAUCGGGCUGGAAGAAGCGCUGGGUGACCGUCCGGCGACCGUACGUCUUUAUCUUCCGCUCCGACAAGGAUCCCGUCGAGAGGGCCGUACUGAAUCUGGCCACCGCACAAGUGGAAUGCAGCGAGGACCAGGCGGCAAUGGUGAAGGUCCCGAACACGUUCAGUGUUGUCACCAAACACAGAGGCUAUCUGCUACAAACUUUGGGUGACAAGGAGGUGCACGAUUGGCUGUACGCAAUCAAUCCGCUGCUUGCCGGGCAGAUCAGAUCCCGGCUGGCCAGGAAAAAUAUCUCCAGCGUCAGCAGCAGUGGCAGCGGUAGCAACGUCGGUGAACCAGUAACAACUGGCUCGACGUCUGCCCUGGCCAUGGCUGCUUCGCAGGGCCAAACGAACAGCAGUAGUUCCGGUGGCAAAUGAGAUACAAUCACGAUGGAGUCCGUGCUGGUCUACUAAACCGGCUCAUCGGUCACUCCUUCGCCGUAUCGAACCUAAGGCGACACCACCGGCAAAAUCAAACCAAAAUCUUUGUAGAACCCUCGUGUUGUCGUUACAUUCUCCCUUCCACCCUCGCAACGCCUUAAUUUCGGAAACGAGAGAUUUCAGUUUCCACUGUCGGGCGAGACAUGUUUUAUCCAUGACAAACAAAAAGGGUCAGAGCAAAAGAAAUGUCUUGUCGUUGCAAUCCUAUUCCCAACCAUUCUAGUCGGAUUUUGAUUCCAGAAAGUGGCGGUGGCGUACUACGGAUAGUAGCUAAAGUUAGGUGGGCAGAAUGGACAAGCAGCAAACGCCGUUUACCGAUCGCAGUAGACGGGUUUUUGAGACUUGAAGUGGGAUAUUCAGUUUGAUAGGUUGGUUUUUUAGUUAAAGACUACAAUUUUACUCAGGUCUCGGCCGUGGAAAAAAACAUGGCCAACGUGAGACAGAAUGAUUUUUGUACAUAGACACGUUCCUUCAUAUUGCAAUCUCUUUGUGUUAGCCAAUGUUUCAAAGUGUUCAGUUGUGAUUCGUUUAGUGUCGAGGCUAGUGUUUUUCUAGGUUAAGCCUAAAUUGUUUAGGCUACGUGUGGAGGUCCGCGACAAUGUUGCAGGGCGAACAGCAGAGCUGUCCCGCAAAGAUGGCUGGACACCAUUUAGAGGCCGUGAAAUAAACAUUCCACUGGUCUGCACGAUUCGGUAAUAGAUCUUUUUUAUGCUACUUUUUGCAGUUCCUAAAUUUCUUGCUCUGUCCCCUUCUUUGCCUUUUUGCUUGACGUACUGGAGAGCAGCGGUCGUAGCGAAGGAAGGUAGCGAACGGGGCGUAUAAGACAGAAACGUGACAGUGCAAACAGGAGACGAUAAGGAAUCCUUUAAAAACUGAUAUUAAUCAAUAGAAUAAUUAAUGUUUAAAGUAAAGCAAAAGGCGUAAAGCCGUAGGUAAAGCUUACACUGAGCGUGGCCGUGGCGUGUUGUUGCGAAAAUGGAGUGGUUUGUGGAUGGUGGACAAUUUUCACCACAGAUCACGGGCCAAGAGGCUAAUGUUAUGAUGUAUAGGCAGCAGGUCGAGCAUUAUGCAACCAAACCAAAAUUAGAUCGUAAUUCCGACACAGCCACUCUACAGUGGAUACUCUCACUUCAGCAGGUGCAGGCAGUUGAUGAAACAAACGCAAUUUAAAUCUCAACGAACGCUAUUCAGUGUACAUCUCUCUUCGCGUGCAGUGAAGGAAAUCAUGACCAAUUUAAACUCAAUCUUUCUGUUAGCUACGAAAAUUACUAACAUAAAUCGAAGACGAAACAGCAAGCAGUGCGUAACCAACUGUUGAUUUCAAUUCGAAUUUUUUUGCAGCAAGAAGUAGUAAAUGGGCAAGCAAGGAUUCGCAAACUGGCACAGUCACAAAAAGUAUUAAAAAGGAGGCAACACCGGUUCCAUGUUUGUUCCUGAUUGGGGGAAUUGUCGUGCUCUUGCAUACGAUGUUUAUUGUUUUGCAUAACGAAGACGAAAUGGCAGUCACCUUUUUCGAAACACAUUUUGCGUCGUGCUUUGGUUAAGUGUAUUGUUUCCAUUUUGGAAAUUCACGUAAUUAGUUUCUGUUUUAAAAUGAAAUGGCUCAGACAAGGCAGUGUACAAGUUGCCGGGACGGAACAGAGCACUCAAGGAAAGACAAACAAACUAUAAACAAAUCAACAUAAACACACACUACCGAAAACACGCAUACACACGCAAACGAAACAUUAACGCUGUUACGAAAUUUGGCAUGGAAAGUGGGACGAUGCACGAACAAGUGAAAGCAAUUGCAUAGAAAUGUAUAGAACUUUGUAAAUAGCAAACGAGGGCAAUAGAAAAAGGUAUCGACAUGUGUUUGGUUAAUUUUUCUAAAGUAUUCGCUUACAAUGGCCUUAACUCAUAUCCCCAGGGCUCAUUCUUCCGCUCCACGCAGUCACACGAAGCGGACGAACGGGAGUGUCGGAAAUGCAUCCCCAGCCCAGCAUGGCCGGCCGGACAGCUAUCGAAACAGUGUACAUAUUCGGUGCCAUUUUUACAUUCCAAUCGUGCACAACCCAGUGCCGAGAUAUGCACGUCGAGUGUGUCGCGCAAAAGUUGUCGAUUGCACUUCGAUUUUGCUAAUUAUUCAGAAUGGCGGAACCAGUUCCCUUUGCGGCUAACAGAAUGCUUGGCUUGUGCGGUUUGACGCUACGCUAGCUGAGCUGAGCGGCGGAUUGAAGUAAAAUACCAAAGAGGAAACCAAUAGUGGUGCUACGAAAGGACAGGAACGAUUAUUGUUGCGAUGGACAACGUUUAUAAGGCAGAAGCUUUUGUUAGAGGUUCGUCGUUCCUCAUUUCGCGUUGGUUCGCGUUCUUCGUUUUGUUGGUUCUGGUGUGGACUGCAAAGCUAGCAUUAAGUGAUGGUUCAAUGUCACUUUUAUUAUGCUAUGCAACCGAAGGGUCACACUUGUUGCACUGAGAUGGUCAGGAUCAUUUCGGGGCAGCAUGGAUAUAGACUUCAUUUUGUCGUAAAUCUCAACGAAUGUCUCAAUCUAAGCCAAUAAUGUACGAGAAAGUGAGAUAAGGGAACCGUUUGGUCUUUUGAAACAAACAGAAAUGGCGAAUGUCUUCGAAACUGCACCAAAACAUGCCUCAUGGCUCGCAUGAGAGAAAAGUGAAAGAGAGAAAGAAAACAGAGAAAGAGAGCGCAACAAUAAGUAACUGUUUCUUAUUCAAUCCGCUUGCCCGCAACCGAUAAAUACCACUAGAUGUAUAGAAUAUAGUCUAAAGAGCAAACUGAAAUUGAACUUGACCGAUGAGCACACUACUUAAUACAGCGAGCAAACGUAAUCUAACACUUGAUGAACCCAUCUUUUGAACCAGCACACAACACAGUCUGCAUGUUGCCCUCUAAUCAAAAUGCUUGGCAAACUGCUAGUGGAAAAGCUUGCUGCGUUUUCAGUUCUCUGUUCCAACUGACUAGCCAAAUUUAUCGAGCCAUUUGUUGUUAUCUCUGAAGCGCAUCCUUCUCCCCAUACGAUCAUAUAUACACCUAUAGCUGUAGCUACAAGGCGCUCGCAAUCGCAAAAGCCCAAACCAGAAACAGAAGCAAAAAAAAUCCACUCAAAAAUACAAUAAAUGUCAAACAGAAGGUAAAACAAACCAACAAAGUAGCAUUUACGGAAACCUAAGCUCGAAAGUACUACUAGCGACGGGGGGAUUACGGGCAACCGCGAAGCAGCUGGGAGGACAGAUAAGAAAGGAGCGUGAAGAAACCCGGAAAAUGAUAAUAACACAAACAAGAGCGUGGCAGGGCAAUGGAAAGGCGGAAACGGAGCAAACAAAAAGUUUAAUCUACCAAAAAAUAUAUGAAUAUACACAACCUAAAUAUUUAUAUAUAUAUAUGAUAUAUAUAUUUGCAAAAGCAAACGAUUGAAGGCAAAACGAAAGGGAAUGGGCAGAAUGUGAGCGAUGGAGACAAAACUGACCACCUUCAGCAACCACAUAGCGAAAUGUGUAAAGCGGCAAUGGGCAAUGGGGACGAAACGAAACGUAAAAAUGGUGGUUCGCUCAUUUGCUAGAUAUCGCGCCCGGAACAACGCUUCACGAGCAGCUGGUAGAGCUGGUGCAGCAAAGCGUUAACGUGUAAGGCCUGUGCAAGUAUUAGUGAAAGUAUUCGACGCAAAGGAUAUGGGUUUAGCUGCAGCUAUCAAAAUUGCUUAUAAAGUGUGUGUACACCUUUUACUGUCAUCGGUAACCUAUUACAUGUUACAUGAGAACCGGGAUCGAACGGAAGGCGCGCACGGGAGGGAUCACGUCUAUAAGACUAUCCUGCGGAGUAGCCGGUACGAGUGCGAGCAGAGCGCCCAUGGGACGCCUGGCGACGUCAGACUGUGUCGACUGUUCAGAGCAGUAGAGGAGCAGGGAGAGAGAUAGUAGCCACAAGGGCUGCCAAAAAAAUGCUAGUAGCCUAUAAUUCGCUAGUUGUUUGGGAAAGGGCUGAAUUCAUGAUAGGAUCGAGACGGAAGGAUGACUGGAGUCUGGCGACAGACACCGAAGCAGAAAUAUGGCAACCUAACACACACACACCUGAAGCGACCCCAGUACGGGAGGAACAACAAUAUUUAAUCGACAGAAAGAAAAACUGACAACUUCAAAACCACAACAAACCACAUACUACUAUUACAUUAUGGAAACAACCAACCUGCUUUGAAAGAAAAUUAAGGAAAAACCGAACUACAAACACAAAUACAAAAGAAAUUACAAUAAAAUACAAUAAAA